UCGUUCUCUCGCCGGGUCCGGACCGUCUCUUCCCGGUACUCGCUGACCGUGUCCUCGACCACGUCCAGGAUGUCCCUGACCAGCGCCGUCAGCCGCUCCGUCAGGCGUCAUGACAGACUUGAUUGACAUCUGACGGCUUCCUGGUGGACAUGAACUUCACUCUGCUGCUCCCACCUUAAAGCAGAACACACAGGAAGAGGAAGAGGAAGACGGGGGCGACCCUCACAGGGCUGAAGAGCAACGUUGUCAGCGAGACCCCCCCCCCCAAGCGGCAUGGCGGAUGUCGAGCGCGGUGCCGUGACGAGCCAACCGGGCACGGAAGAACAACAAGCCCCGCCCCCAGCAGCAGACAGUAACGGCGCCGGUACGGCAACAACGGCCGCCUUCGGACCCCCCGCCGGACAGGCGGAGGUCAAAGGUGCUCACGCCAACGGUCAGGAGGGUCUGGGCAGCCAAUCAGCUUUGAUGGCGGGCGGCUCGCCGCGGUCGUCGCUCAGCCAGCAGCCCGGCGCCGUCACUGAGGGUCCGGAAGACGGAUCCAAACCGCCGGACUACCUGAUCCUCGCCAUCUUGUCCUGCUUCUGUCUGCUGUGGCCGAUCAACAUCCCCGCCCUCGUCUUCUCCGUCAUGUCCCGCAACAGCCUGCAGCAGGGGAACGUGGACGGAGCUCGCCGCUUGGGCCGCAACGCCAUGGUGCUGUCGGUGAUCGCCAUCUUGGGGGGAACCGCCAUCAUCAUCGCCGCCAUCGCGCUCAACUGGGGACGGAUUUUGAAGUCGGGAUAGGACACGCCCCCCUGCCGUUCCUGCACGACGAGCAUGCGUGAUGACCUUCUACCUCCGACAAGAUGGCCGACCGACCGCAGUUGUCAUGGCAACGCGCCUCGUCAGCCAGUCUGCAUGCCAAGUUUCUGCAUGAGUAAAGUAGCAAACCAAUGUUUACAUCCAAUCACUUUGAGACUAUGCCGUAACCAUGACGACCAGAGGAGUGCAUGUUUACAAUGUUACGACUGUUAGCACUUUGUCAUAAUGAGCCCGCCACGUAAGUGUUGACGUUUGACCACGCUAUGAGGGCCAGGUCAGGAGGCCACGCCCCUUCCCUUAGCCCCGCCUCCAGCAUAUGUAGCAUGCCUGUUUACUAACGACAAUAUGCAAGACGCUAACCUCCGCUAGUGUUAGCAUCUCUAAUGCACUACGGCUAACUGAAUGCUAGCUCAAUGCUAACCUGUUUGUUUUGAUGACAUUUAUCUUGAAGAUGAUUGGUUAAUAUUUGGUCACGUCACCUCGUCACCAUGACAACGUUUGCACUUAACCACGCCGUCGUUCUUUGAUUUAGACAUUUUUGAAAUGUGAUCUUUGUAUUUCUAUUCUCUUUUGUAUUCUUCACGAGCCUGCUUGCGUCACCCUGCUUAUUAUGGGAUGUCAGCAUGUACUUUAUGACAUGUACUGUAUGACAUGUACUUUAUGACAUGUACUUUAUGACAUGUACUAUAUAACAUGUACUUUAUGACAUGUACUGUAUGACAUGUACUGUAUGACAUGUACUUUAUGACAUGUACUGUAUGACAUGUACUUUGUAAGACUUGAAGACGAGAAAAGUACUUCCCUCUCUCCUCUUUUACUUUCACUUCGCUUGUCCCGAGCAGGACGCACGUUGCCUUGGCAACCGUUGCUAAGCAGGAGGCAGGCUGCUUGGAGGAGAACAUUUGACUUUCCUCAUCAAUAAUUCAAAGACAUUGGCAAACAUUUGGGACAGAAAGGAAGCCACGUGAGAACAUGAGACCGCAUGAGAACGUGAGACAUUGUGAGCGUGUCGGACAAGAUGAGACGACAUGAGACAACAUGAGAACAUGAAAACAUGAGACAACACGAGAACCUGACAGAAUAUGAAAACAUGAGACAGCAUGAGAACAUGAGACAGCAUGAGAACAUGAGACAACAUCAGAACAUGAGGCAACAUCAGAACAUGAAAAUAUGAGACAGCAUUAGAACACGAGACAAUGUGAGAACAUAAGACAACGUAAGAACAUGAGACAAUAUGAGACCAUGAGACAACCUGAGCACAUUAGACAACGUGAGAACAUGAGACAACAUGAGAACCUGACAGAAUAUAAAAACAUGAGACAGCAUGAGAACAUGAGACAACGUGAGAACAUGGGAACAUUAAAACAGACAACACGAGACCAGGAGACAACAUGAGAACAUGAAAACAUGAGACAAUAUGAGAACAUGAGGCAACAUCAGAACAUGAAAAUAU